CACGGCAAGUGUCUGUACCAUCGCAGCCAUUGCCCCCGCCCUGCUCCAGCAGCCUUAACUUCUAGUUAUUUUAUAAAUUAUUCAUUUUCAGCUAUUCCACUGUUUUUGGACGCUCUUACACAUGGUACAAAUGACCUUUCAACUUUAUCUGCGAUAUAUUGUCAGUUGGGAAAUGCAUAUUACUCUACUAAUGAAAUGCAGAAGGCCUUUUCAUACCACUGUUAUGAUAUGAUGAUAGCAAAGUUAAUGAAUGAUGAAGUGGGUGAAGCAAAGGCUUGCGGAAAUAUAGGCAACGUAUUAAAAAUGCAAAAUUCUUUCCUUGAUGCUAUUGUGUUUACGGAACGUCAGUUGGAACUUUCUGAACAAUUAGAUGAUAAGAAGUGCAUGGCACGAGCCCUGUAUAACCUCGGUACCAUUUAUCAUGCUAGAGCUAAGCUGACUGGAAAGAAUAUCUGUGCGAAUGGGAAAGACGCGAAUGCAAAUGCGGAUUUGUCUCACAAUUCCAGAUCUUCAUACUCUUAUCAUGAUGAUUUAAACCUAGCCUUUCAGUACUAUUGUCGAAGCGCGGGUAUCUCAAGGAAAUUAGAGGAUCAUCUUAGUACUGGCCGGAUUUAUGGCUGCAUGGGAAAUGUGUUACAUUUACUUGGCGAUUACAAGGGAGCCAUAGAUUCUCAUACAAAGCGUUUGUCCGUUGCCUCUCAAUUUGGAGAUCACAACGCUAAACAUCGGGCUUACAUAAAUCUUGGCAAUGCUCAUGUGCUGCUGUCGGAGAUUGAUCAGGCCAUCGUAUACUAUCAGUCUGCCUUGAAUCUAGCCGUGGAAAAGAAUAACAAAGGGCGAGAAGCACAAUGUUGCUUCUAUUUGGCCAGUGCAUCAUCGUUGAAGCCGGACUAUCCAGCAGCUGCUGGAUAUUAUCUUCGACAUCUUUCCUUAGCUCGAAGCUUGAAAGACUACGCUGGAAUGGCAAGAGCGUAUACAUCAUUGGCAGCGGUUUACACAAAUAUGGAGGAGUAUCCGAAAGCUGCGUACUUUCUUGCAUGCCAUCGAGCGCUUGGUAAAGAGGUAUGA